AUGGCUUCAUCAACAUCACUGUACGAGGUUCUGGGGAUUCCGAUGAGCUCAAACGGGAACGAAAUCAAGGCGGCCUAUAGGAGACUAGCAAGAACGUGUCAUCCUGAUGUUGUGUCCAUCAAUCAGAAAGAAAUGUCCGCUAAUCAAUUUAGGAAAAUCCAUGCAGCAUACUCUACAUUAUCAGACCCAGAUAAACGUGCAAAUUAUGACCGGGAUCUUUACAGGAGGAACCGGCCCUUUCAUUCCUCUCCUCUCACAUCUGCAACAAAGGCAGCUGCUUCUGCAUACGAGUUUUCAAGUUAUUGUAGUCGUAGGAAUUGGGAGACUGAUCAGUGUUGGUAG